GUUCCGUCGCUUCAUGGCGUUCGUGCACGAAAACGUAAACAAUGACGUAUAGCUGUUAGUUGUACUCAGCUGACCUUUCAUAACAAAGAAAAUUCGAUCGAGCAUGGAAUUGACGGAAUGUGCCAUCGCGAAACGACGAAAGAAGUGGAAGAGGAAGCGACGCUUGAAGCGCUUGAAGAAACGGUUGCGCGAGCGAGAGGUUAGGUUCAACGCGAGUCAUUGGACGGCCUUCCCCGAGUAUGUCACGGAUGCACAAGAGACACUAGCGACGGGCACGAUGCAAGCCGACGCUUUCUGGAAGAAUUACGCCGUGGCCCAGGAAUGGCAGAAACGACAUAGCAUAACCUGGUGGAGGUCACGUUGCGUCGCCCUGGAGCACGAAAAUAAACUGCUGCGCGACAAAGUGAGAUCCCUGGCUCAGUGUCACGGCUAUCGUGGCUUUCGGGAGAAUUAUAAUUAUCGUGCGGAUAAUGACAAUGACGACGCUGAGGAAGAUAACGACACGGAAUCAGAUACAAAUGAGAAUCUGGAGUUCAACGUGACCGAGGAUUUGUUGAACUUCUUCGAGACGAGCGAAAGGCACAAGCGAGAGAUGCGGCUAAAACGUGAAUGUAGUGAGACCGAGCAUGAGGAGGAAAAUUUAGAGGAGGAAUCCUUCGUCGGCGCUGCCGAGAGCAUCCAGAUGAAAAAGGAUGAGGCCGAUCUGCUGCAGGGCGAUGCUGGCUCUAAGAUAUUGGCGAUGGAAACCGUUCCACAAAGCACGAUAGAGCAAUACGAGGAUACAGCGAAUUGAUAAUAUUAGCCCAACAUUCCUGUGAAACCUUAAGAUUAGCUCUAAUCUUCUUCUUCUUCUUCUUCUUCUUCUUCUUCUGGAUGGCUUUCCGACCUCUCCAGUGAAGGUCAAAGUGCCACAAGAUGUUAUAUUGAUCUGUAGAUCAAGCCUAAGCCUCUUUGGGGAGCAGAGACUCGCUUUAACUGCUUAUCCAAUAGGAUUAGUUAUAAUCUAGUGAG